AUGGCAAAUUCCAAAUAUGAAUACGUCAAAUCAUUCGAGCAACCGGACGCUCUACUCCCCAAUACAUGGAUUGUGGUCCGGAUCGAUGGCAGAGGCUUCCACAAACUCUCUGAUCACUACGGCUUCAUAAAGCCCAACGACCGCCGGGCCCUAGACCUAAUGAAUGCUGCAGCAGUCGGCGUCAUGAAAGACCUACCUGAUCUUUGCAUCGCCUACGGUAUUAGCGAUGAGUACAGUUUUGCUUUUCAUCCCAACUGCCAAUUGUUCGAGCGGCGGAGUGCCAAGUUAGUAACGACUAUUGUGUCAACAUUCACGGCACAUUAUAUCUAUCUGUGGGGAACGUAUUUCCCAGAUACGCCGCUCCAGCCAGCGGCUCUGCCUUCGUUUGAUGGAAGAGCAGUGAUGUAUCCGAACUCUAGGAUAUUUAGGGAUUAUAUGAGCUGGCGGCAGGUGGAUUGUCAUAUUAACAAUCUUUACAAUACGACAUUUUGGACCAUGGUCCUGCAAGGUGGGAUGGAUAGAAGAGAAGCUGAACUGGAAUUGAAGGGCACCCUGUCUUCUGACAAGAAUGAGAUCCUCUUCAAGAGGUUCGGUAUCAACUAUAAUAAUGAAGAAGAGAUCUAUAAGAAGGGCAGCGUCAUCUAUCGCCAGGAAGAAACAUCACCAUUGCAGGAGGACACACCCUCCAAGACACAGCAGGAAAAGAUCCGCAAACUGCGUCGCAAAGUGCAGGUCGUGGUCGAUCAUGUCGACAUCAUCAAGGAUGAGUUCUGGGAGAGACGGCCUUGGAUUCUCUCUGGCAAGCCCGGAAAGCUGCCUACAGAGGCUAAGCAAGUAGCAUCAUGA